GGUAAUCGUGGAGGUUCGGGGGCGGCUGGCGGCCGGCGGUGGGCGGUGGGCUGCGCCUCGCCUGCGGGGCUCGAUCCAGGGUCCCGCCCUGCAGAGCCCGCCCCUCUGCUCGCGAGGGCCCCCCACGGGCGCGACCACGGAGUUGUGGUCCCCGGGCCAGCCGGGGGCAGCAGGCCCGGAACCACCCCAUGAGCUUUAAUAAAUGUACUCUCAAACUCACCUGGACUCGAGUUGUGAAAUCUUCCCUACAAGAAGUCAAGAACCCAUACACUACCCACCUGCCUGAGGCAGACUCGCUCGGCCCAGUCCUGGUCCAGUAACAGAGGCCUCUUCUCUCUAGGGAUGGUGACGUUGGAAAAAGGCUCCUGUAACUCCCCUCCAGGAUGAACUCCCUGCCAGCAGACAUGGAGAACGCUCUCACAGGGAGCCAGAGCUCUCAUGCUUCUCUGCGCGAUGUCCAUUCCAUCAACCCUGCACAGCUCAUGGCCAGGAUCGAGUCCUAUGAAGGAAGGGAAAAGAAAGGCAUAUCUGAUGUCAGGAGGACUUUCUGUUUGUUUGUCACCUUUGACCUCUUAUUUGUAACAUUACUGUGGAUAAUAGAGUUAAAUGUGAAUGGAGGCAUUGAGAACACGUUAGAGAAGGAGGUGGUGCGAUAUGAUUUCUACUCUUCUUAUUUUGAUAUAUUUCUUUUGGCAGUUUUUCGGUUCAAAGUGUUAAUACUUGCCUACGCUGUAUGCAGACUGCGCCAUUGGUGGGCAAUAGCAUUGACGACAGCAGUGACCAGUGCCUUUUUACUAGCAAAAGUGAUCCUCUCAAAGCUUUUCUCUCAAGGGGCUUUCGGUUAUGUGCUGCCCAUCAUUUCAUUCAUCCUUGCCUGGAUCGAGACGUGGUUUCUGGACUUCAAAGUGUUACCUCAAGAGUCAGAAGAAGAAAAUAGACUCCUGAUUGUUCAGGAUGCUUCGGAGAGGGCGGCACUCAUUCCUGGUGGCCUUUCCGAUGGCCAGUUUUAUUCUCCUCCUGAAUCCGAAGCAGGAUCUGAAGAAGCUGAAGAAAAGCAGGACAGUGAAAAGCCACUUUUAGAGCUCUGAGUCCUACUUCUGUUAAAUUUGAAAAACCCUCGUUGAGAAUCACCGGAGGCAAAAAGCACCAGAGAUGGGGUCUCCGUCUGGAAAGUUGAAAUGGUGACAUCACUGCUGACGUGAUUGAUUGGCUAAUAAAGAAUUUAUUUAUCGUAAUACCUCACAGACACUGUAUCAUAUUCACAAAUGUUUAGUAACCUGCCUGUGGCUGGUAAGAUAAUGUCAUGAUCCAUCCUGUAUUCGUGAGAUUGAGUCUGACCUGUUAAUGAGUAGUUGCAGAAUGGUCUUAUACUGUAUCCUAAUCAAAGGACUUCUUAAUAUAUUAGCAUAACACUUCUUUGGUAAGCAAAUACCUUUUUAUUUGAAUUCACAGAGUGGAAUUGUUUUGUUUCAUGUCUCAGAUUUCUUUUUUUAACACCCUACAUUUUCUUUGUCUUUUUUAACUCAUGCACAUGUGCCCUUUGUACAAUUUUAAAAGUAAUAAAAUCCAACAUAUCAAAAUUA